CUGCCAUCAAAGACAUAUCAGUCCUCUCGUCGGCCGCCCUGCUUGUCUGAGACCCUGCUUUCAUGUCGACCUCCUCCUGCUACGACCCUCAUUCAUAACCUUCCUACAUGUUUGCUAGUUGAAUCUUGCGCAAGUUAUGGAGGACUCUGCUUUAGGUUUGCAAUCCCCUACUUCACCACGUCCAAGACCAGGCGGUCCUCGUAGCAGAAGGCCCCAUUUCAAGACCGCGACCCCGCUCAGCGUGAACAGUAACGGCAGUACUUCGCCUUCAGAUGAUGCCGUCCCCGCAUAUUCGGGUCGGACUUCACCAGCUUUAACGAGCUCGAGGCCGCAUUCGCCAUCUCCAUACCUGGCAUCCAUGCCAAGCCUUUCCCAGCUUUCCGAAGCUGCGUAUAUCCACCACAAACCAAGAAUACAAGUUGACGAGGGCGUACAAGCCACGCCUGAUGAGUUACUUGCGGUCACUCCCACAAGACCAACUACGCCCGCAGUUAAACUUAUCACGAAACCGCCGACAUUGGAACCGCCACCUGCACUAAAUUUCGAAUCGGCACCCAUACAAUGGAAAGGCCUCACUUUGGAAGCUGCACAAUGGAACUUCUCCUCCGAUCAGCUCCAAGAUAUCGUCUCCCGAGCUAUUCGAAAGUCGGCAGCUGAGUCGUUUAUACGACUACUGUCAGUCAAGACCCUUGAUGAAGAACUAGGACCGGAGAUGGAACGUUUGGACCAUUUGAAAGCGACUACACAAUCUCAGUAUCGCUUUAACAUGCAUCGACGGACCAUGUUGCUUCAAUCACUUGUUGCACUAUCUGCUGGAGAUUGCGAUAAUGCCGCGUUGGCAAAUCUCACUACUCAGCUUGCAGAUAUCACCCGCUCUUGCGACCGACUGAUGGAAGAAAUGCUUCGGAUAUCUGACCAACGAGCUCAGAUCCAGCGGAUACAGGACGUCCAUGAUGCUUCGGCGUUAGCAAUGGCACUCAGGAAGCUGAAUGGAAGUUAUGCUAAACGCACGACGGAGCUUCGAGAGACUCGUGUUCAAGUUGAGUCGCUCAAAGCGGAGUUAGAGGAGGCGUGGCGUGUGGCAGAAGAUAUGGCUCAGGAAAUGGACGACUUGGAGAACUUCCAGACCGGGUUUAGCGAGCCUGAGGAUGAGGAUGAAGUAGAAGAGGGUGGAGAUGAUGAACAGUACGCGGAUAACGACGAGAGCGUCAGGUUGGCGACAGUGAUGAACAUCACUGGGACAGCUGUUGCCACCAAGGCAACCUUGACGAAUAUGGCUGAAGGGAGUCGAGGGAGGCCGGACAACCAGAAAGAAAGCGACCGAGCAAGUCGUGUGUCUGCAGCAAGGAAAAGGAGCAGUCGAAGAUCGAAAGCCAGUCUGCGGUUACCAAAAUCAUCGGCUGGUCCCGAUCGUCAAGCCGAUCGUUCAUCUGUGUUGUCGAGGAGAAGUCGCAGUAAGAGCGUACGAAGGGGUACUGUCAGUGAAGAUUCUCCCACAGCACCUCCUCUCGUGCCUCCUGUCCCGAAUGCACAUCUUGACCCACCCUCUGAUUCGUUCCUUAUCAUGUCGGAAACACGUCCGGCUUCCCCCUCUUCUCCCGAACCCGAGUCGGCUCCGCCUGUCCCUCCAACAUCUCAAACACGCGUAUCUGAUGCUGCCAGUAUGUUCUAUUCCUUGACCGACGUAUUUGCAAUAGUUCUAAUACCUUCUACAGCUGAUUCCGAAACUGAAUCCCUGCCCGAUCCUGAAACCGUAUCUUCCCUUUCUAAACGACCGACCACACUCAACUUCGAAAUGCCUCCCAUUACGAUUUCCCCGCCAGAGGAUGAGGACGAACGGACAAGGCAGGGAGAAGCUGGACAACUACCCGACCGUAGAGUACAAUCCAUGCAACCUGCUCCAGCACGCACACGAUCCAUGGACGAUGUGGAAGUAGGGACAAGCCCAAAGGUUGCGAGAAACUACAAGAAAUUUGAUGGGUGGCCAUGGGGCAUGAAGAAAAAGAAGAAUAAGAGACAUUCAAUGCCCAUGACUAGGAAUUCAAUCGAAGACGCACGGAAAGAUGUGCAGAAUACCAGCACUGGUUCAUUGAGUCAGAAACUGCUCAAUGCCGACACUUCAGUGAAGUCCGUACCUUGAUAGGGUGACCAGCUUCCUGACUACUGCCCUUUUCCCCUUCUGGAUUCCGCAUCAAACCUGCUUGGCAUUCUGGCUCAGCCUACGUGAGGCUGCCUUUUCACGACUUCUCAUGUGGAUUCAUUUUUCAUUACAUCUGGGAAUCAUAAGAAUACCCUUCUCUUUCCUUGUUCUUUUUGCUUUCUCGCUACCCAUAGCACAUUCGUUUGGCAUUUUCGUUGUUGUACCGAUAACCCUGUGAUAUCCUAAUGAAAUCCGUCAGAACUCUGUAUUUUACCCGACCCUAACGUAUUACUAGAUGGACUCUAUUUCGCACCUCUCCGUUUAUUUCAAUGAACAUCUGCUAGUCGG